AUGAAGACGCACAAAGAAAAAACGAUCUGCGUGUCGAGACCAAUUUACACAAAUGAACAUGUUUCUUCUUUUUUUUAAUUUUUAAAAAUUUUCAGCUAGAAGAGGAGCAUCAAUUCAAGCGAAACAAUGACAAUUGGCGAAAACUCAACAGUUUGUGGGGUAAACGAAGUGUUCCAGAUGAAAUUCUUUUCAAGCGGUAGGAUUUAUAUUUUUGUUUCAAAAUUGAAAAAAAAAAUUUUUUUGCAGAGCUGAACCAGCACAAUGGCAAAUGGCAAGUGGAUUGUGGGGUCGAAAAUAA